GACAUCAGAGGUGUUUUUGAUUUCCUCUGUCAGCUCCUUGUAAAUAAAAGAAUCGCGUUGAAAAUAGAGAAAUAUUGAAACGAAAGUACAUGAUGUAGAAGAUCUUUUUGAAAAAUAAAAGGACGAUGGUUUCUUGGUUUCAUCUCCUUCUUAUAAUUUGGAUCUUACAGCAAAAGGCAGAAGGAUCACAUUUCCGUGGAGGAAUUUUAAUGUGGAAACCGACAAACAAUGAGAAUGAAGUCAUAAUUACAUUCCGGAUGGCAUGGAGACGUACGUACAACAGUCGAACAAGAUGUGAUAGGACAACUGUUGAAGACGGUGGUAUCAUAGCUAAUCUUGGAAAUGUGGUGUGCUACAAUUGUUCUCCUACAACGAUCUCAGAUGUCGGAAUUGUUUGCACGGAUUUUAGUUUACUGGAAGAUUGGAUGCAGGGAGAGCGAAGCUUUACAUAUACUUUCCAGAAAAAAUCGGCUGAAAUUGGAUUCGAGGGAGGAGAUUGGAUAUCGCUUGUAUCUGGGGGUGGAAGCUGGCAAAUGCGCACAACUGUUGACCUAAACCGGCGACGAGACACCGGUAAAAUUAAUUCAUCCCCCGUCUCUGCUAUGCCUCCAAUCAUACGUCUACAGCAAGGAUGUGAGCACAACAUAACUAUACCAGUUUAUGACAAAGAUAAUGACACGGUUCGAUGUAGAUGGGCAGAAUCCUCAAAGAGUGAAUGUGCAGGAGUCUGUCGUUCUUUUCCAAAUUCCUUUCUUGAUGAGAAACGAUGCGAAAUUUCAUACAUUGCCAAGUACAGGACUGGAUGGUACGCUGUUGCCAUUCAAAUUGAGGACUUCAGUCCACUAAACUCUACGCAUGCGCUUAGUAGUGUUUCUCUUCAAUUCCUGGUGAACGUUUUCUCUUCUGAUAAACCUUGCCAAGACAAACCAAAGUUUAUUAUGCCAACACGACUAGAUGGCGCAUGUGUCGGUAUUCCAAUCAAUUCUACUUGGACAGAACAAAUCAUAGCUCGGAGCGGGGCGGAUGGAGUAAAUAUCACUGAAAUAACCACUGUAUCACCACCUGGGCUGACGACCUCAACUCUACAGAAAUACGCCAUGUCAGGUCGGGAAUGGUAUGUAAAUGUUACCUGGACCCCAACACCAAGUCAAGCCGGUGAAAAAACUUUCUGUUAUACUGCAAGCGACUCGGACAGUUUGGUGUCAGAGAAAACCUGUGUCAAGCUUUUUGUAGGAGUGGAGCCCCCUCAAAUCAUUUCUUAUCAGCCGGUUGGAGAAAUACUACCCACGCAGAAGUACUUCACCAUAAGCUUUGAUUUACAGGUCGUGCAACCACUCCAAAGAGCCUUUAUUUAUUUCUAUACUAAAAAUGGCAAUCUCGUCUCCAAAAUCGACGUUUCACAAAGUGAUUUAGCUGUAUAUUCCUUAGAUAGCACUGGUUCAGGAAACUGGAUUCUGAGAAUUUCAAUAGAUUUUAACCUGAAAGAAAAAGAACAUUAUUACAUCAAACUUGACCCAGGUAUUGCUAAAGGCGUUUCUGGCUGUGGAGCUGAAUCGGCUGCCCUUUGGGAUCCUAAUAACUGGACUUUCCGCGUCAGAGAUGUCACACCACCAGUUUUGACAUUUUGUGCGUGUAAUCCAACCGUGACGGGUGGUAAUAUAACUGUGAAAUGGGAUUUUGAUGAACCUGUCUUGUAUGUUAAUUGCACUCUACAGAACGAAACACAUUUCUCCAAUAUUAAAUGCAACGAAACAUCGUGGACAUCUGAAGAUUUCAAAGAAGGAUUUUACACUUUAUUUGUUCAAGGAACAGAUUUUGAAAAUAAUACAGCUAAUUUAAAACCAUUUACAUGGUUCGUUGAUAAAACAGGUCCAAUUUUAACGAUGACGAAAACCCCAUCAACGUUAAGCAAUCAGAAUACGGCAGUUUUUGAAAUGAACUGCAACGAGCGCUGUCGCAUAUCUUGCAGUCUCACACCCAAAAACAGCUUAUCUUCAUUUACUCAAUGUAGUGCUCAAUUAAGAACUCAUCAUUCCAUUACCAAACCUAAUCUGGUUAGUGGUACUGAAUACAAAUUCGAAGUUAUGGGCAUUGAUGAGUCUGGAAACAGAGGGAAAACCUUAUUUUAUGAAUUUGAAACAGAUUUUGAACUACCAUAUAUAGAACAAUUGUCUGAUCUCUCUGUGGAAUGUCAAAAUGCACUUACCCUGAACAUAACCGGAAAACCAAAUGCAACAGACAACAUUGGUAUUAAAAACCUUACCUACACUGAUCUCAUGCUCGAUAAUUGCAAAGUAAGAAGAUCGUGGACUGCAUAUGACCUUGCAGGGAAUAAGUAUGUGAUGGCCCAGAUAAUCAGUAUCAUAUCUAGUAGUGGACCAGUUGUUGUUUUACCCUUAGAUGUUGUGAUUGCAUGUGGAUCUUUAGUGCAAAUUACAGAGGAUGUUCUAAAACCCUCAGUUCAAGUGUACCACCCUUGUGGUCUCGAGGUAUCCAUUGUUUUUAAGGAUCCGUCUGAAAUAGGAAAUGGCUGCGGGUUCACUUUCGUGAGGAAUUGGACUGUCUCUGACAAUUGUGGUAAAACAAUUGUUGGGUUUCAGACAAUAACAGUUAUGGAUCCUCAAGACCCGAUAACUCCAAAAAGAGGCGAAAUAACGGAUUUGCGACCUCUUCUUAGCUGGCCCGAAGGCUUAAAAUCUGCAAGAUAUAGAUUAUUUGUAUGGAAUGCACGAACAAAUAGACCGAAGAUGUAUAAUUACUUCGGACCAAAUACGUGGUUUCAAUGCGUUGAUCUUCGACAAGGUGAAAAAUAUUAUUGGCAGGUUGAGUAUGUCACCAAUGACAAUACUACGCAGUAUAGCCCCCGAUGGAAUUUCGUUACAAAAUCUUACAUUGAUCUUUCUAUAAUUGAAAUCACGAUUCCUCCCGUGGCCCACUCAGGACAAUCCUUUGAAGUUCGUUGGAUAGUUCAAAACAUUGGCAAAGCAGCAACUUCCUACGAUGAGUACUGGUAUGACAGAGUAUAUUUCGGAUUCACCGAGGACAUAAGUAGCGCAAGACGGGUCGCUUCAAUUAUUCAUCGGAAGAUAAUUGCAGAAAACGACACAUACCAAGGCAUAACAGAGGUCAGAUUACUUGAUGAUGACAUUGGAACAGCAUUUAUAUUUGUAAGCGUGGAUACCUUUCGUUAUCUUGAAGAUUACGACAGAUCUAACAAUUUUGUUAGAAGUAGAAAAACUGUGAAUGUACAGCUUACACCUCCACCAGACCUGAUUAUCGAUAAAAUUGAUAUUCCGUCAUCAACGUUCUCUGGACAAAAUAUCCAACUACAGUACGUGGUUAAGAAUGUCGGUAAAGGAUCAACAAAGUCUGGCAGUUGGAUCGACUCCGUUUAUUGGUCAAAGGAUGCUAUAUACGAUGGAUCGGAUAUAUACAUGCUUUCAACAACUAGAAAUGAAGUUCUGUUGGCAGGGAGUUCAUACCUGACAGAGAAACUUCUGAAGAUUCCUCAAAAUAUCUAUGGAGUUUUCUACAUUCUUAUUCGAACCGAUGCAAACGAUAAUGUGUUUGAGCACACUGACGAAGACAAUAAUUUGUUGGCAUCGAAACCUCUUGACGUAACAUUAUCACCUCCUCCAGAUCUUAGCGUAGUAAGCCUAAAAAUAGUCAAUUUUAAAUCUACGUUCGUAACUGGAGAAAUUGCACAAAUAGAGUGGAUAGUAAGAAAUGAAGGAUCUCGUCAACCUGAUGUAUCCACGUGGAUCGACGCAAUCGUUUUAGAAACCAAUUCGAAAUGGAGAAUGAUCUUAGAAGAAACUUACAUUCAUCACAAAGUGAAGCCGUAUCAGCAAUACACGGAAUCCAUUUUCUAUGUUAUUAACCCUUAUAUUGAUAGUGGUCGAUACAAUUUAUGUGCUAUCACUGAUGAAAGUGAACGAGUGUUUGAAUAUCAAUCUCGAGACAAUAACAAGCAAUGCAUUCAUUUUAAUGUAUCCCAAUUACUUCCAGACCUACGAGUUGAAGAAAUGUCUUUAGGUUUACAUGUUGAUGAAUUCGGUUAUAACGUUUUAAAUGUCAGUUGGACUGUUCUGAACACUGGAAGUGGACCAACACUAACAAAUACAUGGACUGACGGCAUUGCCAUUCAGAAUCAGAAUUCCAAUUCUCUGAAAUAUACUUUUGAUGUCCCUAUACAAUUAACAUCUUUGAAUCCUAGUCAAAAAUACUCUCAAAAAGCGUCACUAAAACUGGGCGAAAGAAUAUAUGGACAAAUAUCUGCCGUUCUUUAUACUGACAAAUUUGGGCAAAUAUAUGAACAUGACGAAAACAACAACCAAGACAACCGUGAAAUCGUUAUCCCCUUAAAGGUUCCAAAUCUGAAAAUUAUAGCCUUUCAAAUAUUAAAUGAAACUGUUUAUAGCGGUGAAAAGAUGUUCGUAAGAUGGACAGUUCUUAUUACAAAUAUUGCAAUAUCAGACAAAUUAUUUUGGACAGAUAUAUUGAAGAUUAAAUUUGAACCAAAUGAUUUCAUGAUUGACUCUUUUGUCAGAAAAAUGAAGGGACCUUUAUUACUUGGCGAUUCUUAUUCUUGGACUGUUGAGGUACAGACUCCUCAAAAUUUUAUUGGAUUUGGACAUUUGAAUCUGGUCAUAAACAAUAAUAGAGGAGUAUUUGAAGGAACUAAUUUGUUUGAUAACUCGAAAAUUUUAUCAGUUAAAGUUUUAUCCCCUCCAUCGCCAGAUCUAGUAGUUACGGACAUAAAUUGUUAUCUUGUACCGAAACAAUCCCGAUUGAUAGUAGUUAUCUGGACUGUUAAAAAUACUGGAAAUGGUAUGAAAGAAAAGAGAGAUUGGAAUGAUGAUAUUAGUGUACAGGCAGCAGGAGGUAGCGUGAGCAAAAUCAGUAUAGCGUCGCAGAGACAAUCUUGGCAGCUUGAGAGUGGUGCUGAGUACUUAGUGAAUAAGACUUUUAUAGUUCCUUCGUCAUUAGUUGGACGUUUUCACGUAAAUGUUACAACGGACAGUAACAAUGUCAUACAGGAGGUGAAUGCUGAAAGUAACAACUGGAAAUUAAGUGAUAGCUCAAUUUCCUUUCCUGAACUUCCAAAAGUCGAUUUGAAAGCAACUGUUACUUCCUCGGGCGCAUGCCAGUUGAAUGACAUUGAGUCUUUCUGCAUUUCGUAUACAGUUGUAAAUGAGGGAGACAUAGCUUCAAAAACAUCGUGGAAUGACGCUAUAUUUAUAUGCAACAGCUAUGUGGAAGGCAACCAGAAACUUGAAAAGCUUGCUCUUGUUAAUCAUAUUGGAAAAUUAUCACCUGGAGAAUCUUACUUUGUGAAUACAUCUGUUGUUUUGCCGUUUGAUAUAAGCGAUGACGAAAACUUUAUUAUUGUAUUACCUGAUUAUAUGGAUAACUACCAGUCCAGUAACAGACUUCAGACAAUUGAUUGCUCUGCAACAGAAGGACAUUUUCCAAUAAAAGAUCUUCUAGAGUAUCAAAUGCGUACAUUUUGUGCAAAUCUUCAAGUAGAUAUGGAUUCAAAAGCGUUUUCAUUUACAGCGGGUGAACUAAUUAAUGUUGAAUAUAACAUAAGUAAUUCGGGUUUCUGUGAUGUAAAAAGCGGAUUCUAUGUUGCGAUUUACUUAAGCAGUAGUAUUGAAAACGAUCUGUUUGAGUGGAAAAUCAACACCACGAAAAUAUCUGACUUUAUAAACAAGAAUGGGACAAGAUCUGUGUCAUCCUUUAUUCAACUUCCUUUUGAUAUGGAGAGUAAAGACUACUUUUUGGUGGUGCAAGUUGAUUCACGACACGAAUUAAUUGAAUUAAACGAAAACGAUAACAUUGCAAUUUCUGUGUUGAAAGUAAAGCAAAACAUUCGGACAGAUAUCGUGGUAUUUAAUGUGAGCGCACCAGAAGAGACUGAAUACGGUGAAAUGUUAACUGUGCAGUGGUCAAUCAUGAAUAACGGUUCCCAGCAUGCCAGUGGAUACAAAUGUGAUUCUGUUUAUCUGUCACAGGAUAGUCAGUGGAGCGUUACUGAUGAACUUCUCGGUAAAAUGCAGUGUGGACGUACGAGCAUUCGUAAUAGAACCUUUGGGGGAAUUGUUGAGACGUAUUCAGCUAAACUACCACCGUUAGCAUCAGAAAACUAUAAAACGAUUGUAAAAAGUCGCACAAAUUUUGAAGACUUUAACCAAACAAACAAUAUUGGCGUAUCCAUAAACAGAACAUUUAUUCGAUUUCCAAUCUGCAACCUUGGACAAAAUAAAUCUUUUUCUAUCUCUCCAAAUCAAUUAAAAAUCUUUGUAAUACCUUCUGUUCCUGCAGCACAAACUAUGCUCAUCCGUACAGAAUGUAAUGUCUCGUUUGUGUUUCACGAAGUUUAUGUUAAAUAUGAAAGCGCACCGAGUGAGUAUGAUUUCGACUUCUCAGUUGAAGAUCCGUUUAAAUCCCGCCAAGAAAUCGUUGUGACAAAUACACGUGGAGGAAAUUACUAUAUUUUAAUGAAGACUUCAGGUUCAAGAAAUGUCAACAGCCCUGUCUUUCUCUCUUUUCUACCUAAGCUUGCUAAAUUUGAAGUAAUUAAUAUUUUUCCAAACACAGCUACAGCUCACGGAAAUAUAACUUUGAAAAUAAGUGGAACUCUUCUUCCUGAAAAUUUUUCUGCCUGCUUAUUUAAUUCCAGUUUCAGUGUUCAGACUAAUAAAAAAUACUGGUAUUCAUCAUCGCUAGUUGCUGCAACAUUUGAUGCCACGCAUUUGAACAAAGAUUCUACUUACAGCUUAAAUCUGACUGAUCAUGAUACUCAAAAAGUAUCCAGUAUUCAAAAUGCCUUGUUUAUUAUGAAUGGAAGAGAUGGAUAUAUUACAGUAAAAAUAUCUAUGCCAGAAACUCUCUUCCUUGGGCAAAAAGACACUAUGCAUGUUGAUAUCAAAAAUUCUGGUGACUCUGAUAUAUAUUCUCCAUUGGUUCAUAUUAAAGCAAUUGGUGGACAAUUAAAGUAUAUUCAUGAUUUUGAAAAUGGUGAUUGGACCAGCGGUAGGACAAUUGUAUCUGGAUCUUCCGAUGGUCCAGCAGGUAUAUUAUUACCAUCUGAAGCAAGCAGACUACAAUUUGAAAUCAGGUCAGCCACUCCAGACGUACCAAACGAAAUGAAGGUAGUCGUAUCAAGGAUGGGGUUUUCUAACGAAAAACAUUCAUAUAUGAACAUGAAGUUUACGAUGAAACCAACAUUUCUAGAGGAUGCUGUUUGGGACGAUAUUUGGCAAAAUUUCAUUGGACUUGUUGGCGAAUCAUGGUUUUCCCUUCGUGAUAAAAUAACGGAGGUGAUGAAUGAAAUAUCUGUUUUAGGUCAUCGGCAAUAUAGUUUGGAAAAUGUAGUUAAAUAUCUCCUGUACAUAUCCGAGGGUCUUUGUGAGGAAAAAUACAUGGUGAAAGCUUCUGACUUUGGAAAGACAAGUCAGUACGGAGUAAAACUAGAUGUCGUCCGUUUAUAUCCGCGACGUUUUGGUCUAAGAAGAGGAAAAGGCCCAGUAGGCAUAGGAUGGCUGAUGCCCUAUUGGGAAACAUAUUUGGUUGGCUUAGACGAAAGUCUUGCAGUUCUAAAUUGGAAAAGAGAAGAGAUUGUGUUCGAAGCGUAUGGAAUCGGGACGUACAGUAACGCAGAAUGGGGAAAUCUUACGCUUUCGUUUCAGGAUACACUAUUAUUUCUGGAUACGGAAUCAAAUGAUGUUUAUCACUUCAACUUCACAACUGGAAAGAUUGAAUACGUCAUCCAUGAAAAUGAGAAAAUUGAGUUUGCCUACGACACAAACGAUCGUCUCUCUGCUCUACACUCGGAGUAUAUGGAUGUUGAUGUUAUCUACAAUGAAAAUAACAAUAUAGCUGAAAUGUCCAAACGUAACAAUCUGACAUCUGAAUAUGAGAAGUGUUCCUACGGCUAUAGCGAAGGAGGCUUUCUAUCUUCCGUUUAUUGUGGCAAUGAGUACCUGUCAUAUGAAUACAACGAAAAUGGGGAUCUUGUGACAAUAAAUGAAGGCAGAGGUAUGAGAAGAGCUUUCCAGUACACCCCAAACCAUCAUCUUAGAUCAGACGAAAACUUUAUUAAUGAUUAUCUAGUUUCAAAGAAAAUUUAUCAAGAUUUCCAAAACGGAAGGCUUGACAUAAUGCAUGUACCACAAAAUACUAAAGAAUCGUACUGGGUAUCUCAUGAAGGAAAAAUCAUAGGACAUAAGAAGAAUCGGCAUCCAAUCGUGAAAAAUGUAAGGAAACAAAAUGUUCAAGAAACGAUUGAAGGCGAUUUGGUCGUAAAUAGAAUUAUAACAAGUGGAGAAAUAACAGAAGUGCAAGAUGCUAACAGCGAUAGUAUUGGAUAUUUGGAUAACGACUAUGGAUAUCGUGUUAUUUAUGUGGAUGGUAAUUUAAAUCCGUACUAUCUGUUCAGGUCACUCAACAAUUCUAUACAUACGAUCAUAUAUCCUGACAAUUCCAAUGAGACAUAUCUUGACUUGGGUGAUGCUGUUGUUCACAAGGACCAAAGAGGAAUAGAGAGUACUUAUUAUUAUGAUAAGCUUCAGAGAUUGACUUUGCGUGAAUCAGGAGACCAUUAUGUUCAGUUCAAAUAUACGGAUAAUGACAGGAUACAAUCUAUCAAGGAUUCACAAUCCCAAAUCAACUUUAUGUACGACGAAUUUGGACGACAAAAAGGGUUCACUAAAAAGGUUAAUGACACAGUAUUUCAAACUGUCGAUGAUUCGAAUCGUCUGAGGAACUUGAGAAUUGAGUCCGACCCUUAUGAUAUAGCAUAUAACUAUAACUUGUAUGGGAACAUAAAAUAUGUGAAGGACAACACUAAUGGUAAAAUCAUUGUUAAAGUAGAUUAUAAUGAAAAUGGGUUAAUAAAGACAAAAAUUCUUGGAAAUAAUGCUACCACACACUAUGAAUAUGAUGAGAAAACAAGACUUCCUAAAGUGAUAUCAAAUUUUCACCCAAAUGGCACAGCAUCUUCGGAGUUUAGAUACACAUAUGAUAUGAGGGGACGGCUUUCCUCUAUGCAAACAUUUGAUGGCACCUGGAGUUUUGCUUACGAUUUAUCUGGACAACUCAUAUCGAUGAAGAAUCCACGCAAUGAGACGACCCUCCUACAAUAUGACCAAGGCAAAAAUCGAGUAUAUGUCAUUCAAAAUGACAUUUCAAAACUCUACCAAGUAAACAGUUUAAAUCAGUACGUUUCUAUCGAUGGCGAACAAUAUUCCUAUGAUGAAAAUGGAAAUAUGGUCAGGAAGUCAAAUCUUUUAAUGGAAUAUGAUUUAGAUAAUAGACUGUCUCGAUUUGUGUCUGAAAACGCAACGUGUCAAAUACAGUAUGAUUCACUUGGCCAUAUAAGAAGGAAAAGGUGUAAUAACAGUGAUGUGAUAUAUUUGACUGAUGUAUCUGGAAGAAUAUUGAAACAGUUAGAAGAAUCCCAAGGAGUCCCGAAGUACCAUAUCUAUGCAGAUGGAAUAGGCCUGAUUGCCACAAAAGAAAAUAACGAAUAUUCUUAUUAUCAAUAUGAUGGCUUCGGGUCUGUUGUGAAUAUUUUGGGUAAAGAAGGAGAAGCUGUAGAUAGUUUUAUUUAUGAACCAUUUGGGGCUGUAUUAACGUCAUCCAAAGGGACACAAGGUCACUUUCGAUAUCUCGGACAAUGGGGUAUGCUUACAUUUGUUGAAAUGCCAAGCAUAUAUUUCUUGGGUUCAAGACCGUACGAUUCCAAAAGUGGACGAUUUUUCACCAAAGAUCGAGAAGGCAUAUUUUGUCAACAGCCGAACCUUUACAUGUUUAAGGGAAAUAAUCCUUUAAAUAUGGAUCUUGUGUUAAACUAUAAUGAAAAUCAACGCUGUACUCUGAAAGACUUAGAUGUGGAAACAACAGUGGAUCAUUCUUACAGAAAAGCUGUGUCCAGACUCUACGAUGGCAACCAUGCAUAUUUACUCAAAAUCAGGAGAAGAAAGAGAUCAGUGACCGAACCCCAAAAAACAAACCAAAACCAAAAUCCAACAAGUUCAAAAAUUCAAAAACCUCGAAGAAAACGUUUUAACGAAGGGAAUGGAAUUAACAAUUUUAUUGAUGAAUUUAAGGAAAACAAUAAAUAUUAUCAGGGCCUUUCGGACUGUGGAAAACAUCUUGUAGAUAAAGGAAUUAAUAAAGUUGUUGAUUGGGUAAAAACGGGACUUAAAGCUUCACCUUUGGGCAGAGUUGCCAUGGGAAUCAUUGAUGUGGGAGGAUUUUUAUACAAACACAGAAAGUGCAUUCUCUCACCAUGUGAUUGCUUAGACAAUGCGAUACAGAAAUAUCAUGAUACCAAGAAGAAAAUAGAGUCUCUUUUGAAUGAUGCAAGUGCUCGACAGGAUGCAAUCAACAAAUUCUGUGAUCGGUGGAAUCCUCCAUGUAGACUUAUAGACAGUCCACCUGCAUUCCUUUGCAAAGCCGCUGGAACUGUUAUCAACAGUCAGUUUCACCGUUUUCAGGGUGGAUUACAACGCAUGUAUGACAAAGUAAAACCAUACACCGAAAAAUUAGACAGAGCGGCGGACUUUGCGUCAAAGGCUUGCGAUGAUCCUUCAGAGAUAGGGGAUGCAUUAACCAGAUGGAUUGGCUCUUUUGACCCGAAUGAUAUACUGGGACCAGCAGGAUACGGAGCAGCCAGAUUUAUAACUUCCAAGGCAGAAAUGGUUUACAAAAUACGGUUUGAAAAUAUGGAAAAUGCAACAGCGCCAGCCCAAAGAGUUUUCAUCGAAAUAAUUUUUCAUGAUAAACUGAACGCGAGGACAUUUCGUCUAGGGGGCUUUGGAUUUGGAGAGUUCGUAAAAGAAUUGAGUUUCAAGCAAUCUUUUAUACAGGAAACCGUGAACCUGACGGAGGAGUAUGGCGUUUUUGUUCAAAUGAGGGGUGGAUUAGACAUCAUAAACAACAAAGUAACUUGGGAAUUUCAGGCUAUAAAUGGAAGCACAGGACUGCCUCCUUCGGAUCCAUCAGUCGGGUUUCUUCCCCCAAACAACGGAACAACAGGACAAGGCUUCGUCACCUUCUCCAUUAGACCGAGCUCCGAUGUCAAGUCUUUGGAUAAAAUAACUGCGAAAGCUGUCAUUAUAUUUGACCAAAACGAACCUAUAGAUACACCUGAAAUAUUUAAUACAAUUGAUGACGAUCCUCCACAUGUUAGUAAUGUUUCUGUUAAUAAGGAGGCUAUGGUGUAUGGAUCAUUAAUUUUAAAUCUAGAUGUUAUAGACAACGAAAGUGGCUUAGACUUCAUUGAUAUUCUAUAUGCAGAUUCGGAAUCGGUACUUUUGGUAAGUGGUGUACGUGAAAAUGCAGUGUCCCUCCCCGUGGAUCCUGGAAAGAACCACACUAUUAUUAUUUACCCCGUGGAUAAGAUAGGAAACUCUGAGUCACUCCAAACCAUUUCAUCUGACAACAUUUACACCUUAUUUUACCCACAGCCAGAAGUUCGAUGUGAUGAUCUAAACAACUGCUCUGGGAAUGGGCGUUGCGAAGCACUCAACUUUUGCUCGUGUUUUGAUGGAUUUUAUGGAAGAAAUUGUGCGGAAACUACGCCCCCCUUGGAUCCGCCGCUACUGGAUGUGUUUUCUGGAGAUCAGGGCAACUCUACUUUGCCAAUGUACCUCUCUUCAAAACUGAUCACUAAUGUGAAAAACGCGGACAUAUCCAUUCAGUGCAAAGGUUUCCCCGACCAAUCCCUUUUCUCAGUGGGCACCAUCAAGGGGGAUACACUUCAUUUAGGUCCAACAGACUUUGGUGAUGUUCUAUAUAUGCCCCCGGCGGGAUAUGUUGGCAAUUUUUCCUUGCAGAUUUCAUCAUUUGUAUCAGUGGUUGAUUCCUCAGAAAUAAGUAAAAGAGAAACUAUAAUACAUGUCACGGUCAAGCACAGCGUCACGAAUAUCGACAGGCAAAAGUUUAAGGAGACGCAUUUUGGUCCUACAAUAACUGACAUAGCUCCCUUGAUGACUGCGAGUGUAACUACAAGUGUUACUAGUCUAAUCACAACAAUUAUUCUCAUGUGCGGAUGAGUCUCCAAAGUGCAAAAAAGACACAUAUUUGCUGUGCUCUAGACGUUAUGCUAAUCGGUUCACAUUUUAGAAAAAGGAUAGAAUCACAUCAUGAGCGUCUCCCAAAGCACAUUCAUGUAAAAUCAUUUUCUUAUUCAAUGUAGAGAUAGAGAUGUCCUAGCUCGAUGGUUUCUGUUCCUAUAUACAUGUAUCUAGAAAUUGUAGUUUGAACAUAAAGUAUAAAUAUUUUAUUUGUUUAUAAUAGACAGGAAGUCUAUAAAAAUCAUUAUAAAGUCAAUUAAUUAUUACAGUGUUUGUAGAAUACUGUUUAGAUACAUUUUGUAUUUGUUUUCAUAUUCAUUUAUUCUCUAAUGGAAAGUGUUGCGAUAAUUUUCACAAGGAAAUGAAGACAAAACCAACUAGGUCCGAAAUGAUUUGUUAUACAAUAUACUGUCCAACAUCCAGUUUAUAUCUAUGUGAGAUGGGUUUUCAAAACAAUCAUCCUCAAAACACCCAUCCUAUUACUUUAUUUUCUUUUGAAGCAGAAUAUAAUGCAGAGGAUGACUUUUUUAUAUGUCUUAUCUUAAUGUAUACAUUUAAUAUAAGAUUACGUUGAUUAACAUUUAGAUUACGUGAAUCUUAAUGAAAAGAUUUUGUAUAUAUUGUAGAAGAUUGUACGAGUAUUUACAAGUAACCGAUAAUUUUUAUCCUGUCUAAAACUGACAUGGACCUUUCAUGUUUAACUAGAUUUUUCAAUCUUCAAUCGUUCUAUGAUAAGUAUACUGUAUAUUGUCUAUUCGAAUUAUUUCAUGUAAUUAAUGAAUGUCUAGAUCUAUAUUAAUUUUCAUUCAUUCUAGUGAUUAGAACUAUAUUGUUCUAUUUUCUCGUAUUUUAUAGCGUGCAAUCAAUUGCUUUAUUUAGUCUGAUAGUAUAUUUCUAUUUUUUUUUUAUUUAAAUUUUGUUUUGUUUUAUAUAUUUUUGUAAUAAGAUCUGAUUUAGUAUCUUUUUCCAUGUGUUGUUUUUUUUCUUCUUUGAUAUUGAUUACCAUUACCAAUCUGCACGGACUCUCUGGUUCAAAUUUCUUUGUCGUUAUUCACCGUUUAUGCCCAUGUGAUAUUUUCUGAUAUACUCGUUUAUUUCGAUAUUGUAAGUUGAGACCCAAAUAAUCAAAAUUUUCUAAAAACAUCUCUCACAUAAGAAGUGGGCUGAUAUUCAAAGUCUAGGUUAAAUGCUAGUUCAUUUUUUAAAAUAUAAUUUCCUUCAUGUUGUGCAAAUGACACAAAGGGCAUAGAUACGUGUAUAUACAGAGAGGGUUAAAUAUAAGG